CUCCCAUUUCCUUUGGCCUGGCGUGGCCUGCGAGAUGCCGAAUUAAGUGCUGUAACUGGACUACCAGGCUCUGUAUUUGUCCAUUCCAACGGUUUUAUUGCUAUUCAUGCUGGCCGAGAGGAAACUCUCCAGAUGAUAAUUAAAACACUUUCGCAGCAAAUUUCUUCCACAACCCAAGAAUAG